AUGAAAGGUGCGACCAAGCGGACGAGCUUUGAGAAACCAUUAGAGCCUAAACAGCCAUUUCCCCCGUUGCUCGACCACCUCGCCUCACCCGAAGAUGCACCGGAAAGCUACGACGAGAGCAUAAUGUCUCGCUACAACGAGAUUGAAGUUGAGGAUGAUGCCGAUUUCCAGUCACACUAUUCUCUAGACCCAUCCCUGUCUGACUCCGAGUCGGAUGACUCUGGCGACGAAAUUGAGAGGCAUCACCCAUUUAGACAAUCCUCUGGCUCCCUACACGCCUUUGCGCCUCCCUUUUACAAUCGCCCACCCACGCCUUUGCCACCAUCUCCUUCCUUGACAUCUCUACUUCGGCCCCCGUUCUCUACAACUACAUCACGCCCAACGACGCCUGACAGCUCGGAUGUCGAAACACCAAAUGAUACGGAGGCGGCCGUGGCCAAGUCGGCCCGUCGCGCGACUACUGUCCCCCGCGCCAGUCCCAAAGUCCCAACCUAUGAGUAUUACGGAUUUGUCCUCUACCUGGCUUCUUCGCUUGCAUUCUGUAAGUACAAUUCUCUGCCAGCAUCCUUAUACAGCACCUAUAGAUCACUCGGAAUAUAUUACUAUCCUAAUCGCUGGUGGUCACUGGCCAUUCCAUCUUGGCUGGUGAUGUUCAUCGUCUACAUCUACAUUGCGCUCGCCUCGUACAACACCGACUACCUGACUCUCCCAAUGAAUAGUAUCGAGAAUAUUGUCGACGAGGUUGCCAACAUCGCUGUUAUAGAUGGAAAAGCCCGCCGAAGACCAGGUGGAGCCACCAAAAUGAAACCAGGCGCAACCUCAUACCAGAUUAUGGGCCCUCAAAAUCGCAAGGUUAAUUGGCGGGAGAUUUGGAAUGAGGGCACUGAUGCGGUCAUGGAUAUUCCGGUUGGAGGAGUAUGUGAGAUAUUAUAUGGUCAGGAACGCGACGAUGAUGCAGGCUCUUUUGUUACAGAGCCGUAG